UUUUUUUUCUCCCCUCGUUUCACUCUUUUUUGACUCAUCUUUCUAUUGAUUACUAUUCUCAGGUCCCAUUCAUUGACUUUUUCCCCUCCUAGAAAGUUUAUUUUAUCAAAACAUCUCUCUUCUAGAACCAUUCCUCUGGAAGGUGAAAGUUUGGUUGUUUUAUAUAUAUAUAUACAUAUAUAUAUAUCUUUUCCUUUGGUGUCUACUUUUUUUUUAUUAUUAUUAUUCAUCGUCCCACAAAAAAACUACAACACUUUUAUUUUAUCGACGACAAUCAACUAUUGAUAUACGGUCAUGAAUCAAGAUUCACCAUCUUCAAUAAUGGAUAAUGGUUUAUCAACAUCAUCCUCUACAGAAAACAAUGGUACUCCUUCUAUGAGUAUACCAACACGUCUUACUAUUCCACAAUGGACUCAGCAGCAACAAUCGCCACAACUUCAAGUAAAUUCCAAUUUGACAUUGUCACCAAGUGAAAGCAGUAAUACAACGGUAUUUCGAAAUAACUAUGAUAUGCUUCUCAAAGAAGUAUUGGGAGAUAGUAAUAAUGACACUAGUAACAACAAUAGUGACGACGAUGAAGAUAAUAUCUAUGCAAACAUACAACAACUACAGCAAUAUCAACAAUUUCAUCCUAUUGACAUAGAUCUUGAUUCUGCUACAGCUGACCUUCCUGACGAACUACGGGCUGCUCUAGAAGACCGGUCUCUGGCGGACAAGUACUUGGCAAAUUUAAAGACGUUUAUGAGUCAUCAGCGUAGUCAUUCUAUGGGCUCUAUGACUAGUGGAAAAGGUGAUUAUUCAAGUCCUACAACACCGUUACAACCAACAUUUUCAAUUCAAUCACCAUCAUCAACACAUCAUCCAUCAUCAACAUCUUUUUUUCGAAUGCAACAAGAUCCUUUAUAUAAAGUAUUAGAUGCUGUCCCCUAUCAAACACGACUUAUCAAUGGUGUACAAUCAUUAUGGGAGCUACAAAAGAAAUUAACUGCUUUGAAAAUCCCAGAAUUGGAUUUACCUUCGGUAUCAGAUACAGUGAUCAAGGCUCGAUUGAAUGACCUUUACAAAAUACAAGACGAUUUGUUUAUUCAUUUGCAUGGUGGACCUUUGGUACGCAACAGUCAUCGACUGCCUAUUGGAGAAAAGAAGAAACGAGAAAUUGAUCAAUUGCUGGAUCAAGUGGCAAAGGAAAUUGGUCUUUAUGAAGAAUUUGUCAAACGAGAUCAAUAUCUUAGUUUAGAAAGUAUUUUGAAUGAAUCAGAUAGUUCGGAUGAAUAUCAAGAUUCGGAAAUCAAUGAAACUGAAUCAAGUCUAUCACAAUUUGAUACUUUAUCAAACACUUCCAAUAAAGCAACAGUAUCAUUUGGAUCUCCAACUUCUUAUUCACCUCAUGAUCGUGCAAUCAAGUCAUCUGCAAAAAGUCCUUCUACUUUACGACGUGUGACAUCUCAACCUUCUAUUGCAUCAAAUAUUACUCCCUCAACUCCUCCUACUGCCAUGAAUGGUCAUCUUGGUUCACAGCGAUUUGAAUCGUCCUCUGUUAGUGGGUCCAUUCAUUCAUACGAUGCUGCCUCUGAUCCGUCAUUAUCUCAGUUACUUGUCAACGAUGGUGAACAAGACGAGAAAACAACGGGAAUUACUCCUUCAGAAGCUUUCAAAUGGACUCCUUUGAUCAAGAUAUCCGAUCAUUUGUAUUCAAAAGAUAUCCGUCAAACCAGUGGACUUGUCUCUGUAUUGGCUGUCAGUGGUGUCAUUGCUGUUGGGAUGACUCGUAGUCUAGUUUUUGUGUAUGACUAUUCUCAAAACUUGAAAUGUAUCUUAGGGGAUAGUCUUCGUGCUGUCGAGGUAGGUGCUGUUACAUCGUUGGCUAUCUCUGCAGAUCACACAACUAUUGUUUGCGGACACAGUCAAGGUCAUCUUGUGAUAUGGGAUCUUCGAAAACCUCAAUUACCGAUUCGUACAAUAGAUCCUAUACCUCCCAAUCAAACUCUUAGUAAUACGGCAACAACGACACAAAACAACAACAACAAUAAUAACAACUCUGGAUCUCGAAAGGAAGGUCAUGUUCGUGGAGCUGCUAUUCUACAUGUUGGUUUUGUUGGUGUGAAAAAGUCAGAAAUUGUAUCUGGAGAUGAUCAGGGUAUGGCGUUUUAUCAUGUUUUAUACAAAGUGGUCAUGGUCAAUGCGGUGGAUACAACUAGAAUCUUGGGUCGAUAUCAAAAUCUUUCCCUUCCAUCAUCACCUUCUUCUUCAACAACAACAACCACUCCUAUGGUCACAGCAACAACAACAACAACAACUGAACAACCUUUUCAACGUGGUCUUUCAUCUUCUUCUUUAUUGGAUAACAAUAGCCCUUCUUCAUCAUUGACAAAUAAACCACGACGACCUAGUACAGUAUUUGCCAUGCAAGCUCUUCCUUUAGGACAAGUGGCACAUCCGGCAGAGAAUUUUGGUUUGGUUGCUUUAUUAACACCUUACAAGAUGAUUAUCGUUGGUCUUAAACCCUCUUGUCAAACACAAUACAAAUUUCUGAAACCCAAGAUCAACUUAGGUCACACUAUGAACGAAUCUGCAACACCUUCAACAAUUGAUCCGCAAUCUGGUGGAGAACAUCAUCAAAAAUUUGAAGUACAUCAUGAAACUCUCUCUGGUUGUCUUGCUUGGUUACCUGUCACCAAAUCUAGUGGACCGUUACCAACAUCAACUAAAGGAAAUGGUAGAAAAGACAAACGUAUGGUCAAUGAUUUGGCACUCUCAGAAGAUCCAAUGCUAGCAUUUGCUUGGGGUAAUCACUUAUUUAUACUUAAAGUGGGUGUAGGAAUGGCAGAAACUCAACAUGGAUCAAGUCGUCUUCGAAGUCCUAUGGUUAGCAAAAGUAAACGUGGAACAAAGCUUCAAUUUCCCAAGCCAGCGGAAUGUCAAUUGGAGGAUGCCAUUAUUGGUUUGCAAUGGAUUAAUCGACAGAUUCUUGUAUUGUUUACGCCAAAUGAAGAAAUGCUUCUAUUUGAUCCCAAGAAAAUGAUUGUAACUGAACGUGCCGUUAUCCGCGACAAACACUUGGUAUACCAUGAUUGGUUUAGUUCACCUCUCCGAGAUCUUACGAUAGCGAAUACUGCUCCUGUUCCAUCUAACGCUAUCACUACCACUAUGGGAUCAAAUAACUUGGAUAUCGACACUGGAAUGACUACUUUGGCGACUUCAAAGACGGUAGAAAUGGCAUAUUAUCAUUCAUUGAAGGGAUACAAAGGAAAAUUGUUCUUAUUGGGACUAGAUCAACUUUUUGUGGGAACAUUAUUAUCAUGGGCAGAUCGGAUCCUGGCAUUGGUACGAGCAGGCGAUUUUUUGGAUGCAAUUCAACUAGCAACAGCGUUUUAUAAAGGAAAAUGGAUUCAAACAGUGAUUGGGUUACCUGCAGAUGAACAGCAACGCAAACAAUUAGUAGGCGAACGUUUAAUGGAACUUUUGGUGGCUUCAUUGAAUUAUACAUUCUCAUCUUCAAGACGAUCUUUACUUCAGAUAGGUCAACAACAACAACAGCCACUUUUGAAUAUGUUACCUGAUGGAACAAUCGAUAAUAUUGCCGAUCCUAUUUUUUAUCAAGACUUGGCUAAAUGUUGUGUGGAUGCAUGUCUUAGUAUGGGUGAAAAAGUCUUUUUAUUUGAGACAGCCUAUGAACAAUUUUUGGAACAUGGUGUACAUGGAAUGUUUUUACAAGUAUUGGAAACUUAUAUUGUGACGGAUCAACUUCGGGAUAUUCCGCCUGCAGUAAUGAAGGACCUUGUAACUCACUAUAGUACGCAUGGACGACUGGAAGCUUUGGAACGAAUUAUUUGGCAUGUGCAACCUCAGUGUCUAGAUAUCGAUCAAGUAGUUGGUGUAUGUCAACGAGAAGGAUUGUAUGAAGCAAUGAUGUACGUUUGGAAUCGAAGUAUGGACGACUUUGUGAGUCCACUGGUGGAGAUGCUCAAAGUGAUUCAACAAGCGCUCAAGAAAACAGACGAGACAUCAAAAGAUCAGUGGGAAUCUUCAACAUCUACAAUCCAGCAACAACAACAACAACGUCACUAUGAACAAGCAGAUAAGGUAUUUGAUUAUCUCAAGAUGGUAUUACAAGGUCGCACUUUUCCUGAUGGAGCGUUGAUGCCUACUUCUCGUGGAAAUGAAGCUCGAAGCACAGUUUACUGUUUUGUAUUCUCUGGAAGAUGUGUUGUGUGGCCUAGAAUAGGUGGCAAAUUGAUCUUGACUGUUGAUGAAAAUGAAUCUUCGGCAGAACCAACAUAUCCAUAUCUUCGACUCUUAUUAAGAUUCAAUACCAAAAAAUUCUUGGAAGCACUAGAAGUGGCCUUUGAAGAUCCAUGGUUGAAUGGUGGUGAUGAAAAGUUGACAUCUACAUUUGAAGAAGAUAUUACGCAAGAAAAGGUCAUUUCUCGUCAAAUCAUUGUCAAUACCUUAUUGGAUGUGAUGGGUGGUGGUGGUAUGACUUCGAAUAACAACACAAACAACAACAAUAAUGCGCAUUUGUUAUCAACUCCACGACUACAUCCAUCUAUCUCUGCAUCAACAGUUCAGUCUGGUAUAGGAGGAAAUAUCAAUAAGGGAUCAGGUACUUCUUCGGAAACAACAUCAUCUUACUACGACGGCGACUCCAACGGCAUCUCCUCGCAAAGUGAUCAUUUAUUACAGCUUUACAUCUUUCUUGCCAGCAAUUUACACAAAUAUACCACGUUUAUUCUUCUUCCAUUGACGAUCAAGCAAAAGAUGUUAUUGCGACUGACUGUAAACGAUUCACAUCAUUAUCACCAUCAACAUCGACAUGACCAUGAUGAUACAAGAGAAGAACGACAACGCGCUGUUCAAAAGCUACUGACUGUAUAUACACCUAGCAACGAAGAAGGGAUGACAUUGUUAUACGAAGAAGCCAAGUUUUGGAAUGUCCUAGAGGAUGUGUAUCGACGGGAUAGAAAGUAUGGUAAAUUGGUGGAAACAUACCUCAAAGACACAACAUCAUCAACUAUGCCUAUGCACCGAAUGCUGACUUUGGAUCAAAACAAUGAGGACAAUGAUGAAAACAACAUUUCUUCUCCGGAUGACGAAGAAACAGCCAUCAUAGCAAGACAACAACGUGUAUUUGAUUGUGUGGAUUGGUUACUAGACGCCAGCUCACCAUUAACUCAUCAUCAACGACAAGAUGUGAAACGAGUAGUGUUGAUUCGAAUUUCUCAAUUUGUAGACAUGGAUGGACAACGAACAGCCGACCUUGUAGAAAAAUACUUUGAUGCUGAUCAUCAUCUUAUUCUGAAGCAGCUAUAUGAAGAUGAUGAAGAAUUUGGUGAUGUUGAUGAUGAUGGUGAAGUCUUCCAGCAUACCAACAACGAAAGCAACAACAUCAAUGGUUAUGAUGAACAUUCGUCACCUACAUCUCGAUUUGCUCCAACCUUUGCUCGAAUGGCGGAUAAACGUGUAUUUUCUUAUCUUCGUGGAUUAUUAGAACCUCAACCAACAACAACCAUGACACCACGUAUAGGAAAUGAUAAAAAUAAUAAUAAUAACAGCAAAGGCGGUAACAAGCAAUCUGGCGUUGAAGAACAAGAACAAGACGAUUAUGUGAUCCUGGGUGAACAACCAUCUGGUGAAGACAACAAUAAAAAAAUGGCCACUAAAACAACAACUCCAACUAUAAUUCGACGUACCAACAUUGAUAGCCAAUUACAAGAAUGUUAUAUUGAUUUGAUGUGUCGAUUUGAUCCGUCUGGUGUGUAUGAUUACUUGAAUACCAAAUUGUACGAUUAUGAUAUUGAUAUCCAGCAGCGACAACAAGAUGAUCAUGCCGACGAAAAAUUAAACAGAUUAGAUCAUGUUAACUUCACCACUUUGUUGAACAGUUGCGAAAAAUAUGGAGUGAUGGAUGCUGUGGUGUGGAUCAUGGAAAAAAUGGGCAACAUCAAGGGUGCUCUUGAAAGGAUGUUGGAAAUUGGCCGAGAAAAGAUUCAAUUGAUAUUAUCCAUUAUCAAACAACAAGAACAACAAUCAUGGAUGUUUGAAAACCAAAGCAAGAUUAGCAAUGGAUUGAUUGGCCUCAGUGGUGUCCUCCGUGUUGGAACAAGAUUAUGUGAAAACAGCAGCAGUGGCAAGAUUAAUACAACCUUUGAUAAUAUUGAUGAUGAUGAUGAUGGUAUAAAUGGCAACAAGCAAAAUGAUGAUGUUGAUGAUGAAAUUGAAUCCUUAUGGUUCCGAUUAUUGGACGUAUAUGUGGAAGCAUCCAUGAAAAUCCAUAGUGCUCUGGACAAGAAGAAGCAUCCUGAUUUGACCUUACCUAUUGGUGUUCAACAACAUAUGAUCUAUACAUUCAAAUCAUUUGUACAAUCCAUCUUGACCUCAUUACUGCUUUCAACAUCUCCUCAAGUAUCGUUGCCAAGAUUACUACUUCGACUGAUUGAUUCUCAAACCAAAGGUGAAACAACAUUUGCGGAUUUCCGAGAUAUCUUUUUAAGCAUGUUGGAUACGUACAAAUAUGAAGGACAAUUAUUGGAUUUGACGAAUCGUUUAUUUGACCGUGAUCUAUUUUUGGGUGUCCAGGAUAUGGUACGGCAACGUGGGAAAGGCUGGAGACCACAAGCUAUGCUAUGUACCAUUUGCAGCACAGGGAUUUUGGAUAUGACUUUGAUGCAACCGGAUAUUUGGAAAGAACAAGAUCAACCGAAGGAUACAAGUAAGAUUGUUGUCUUCCAUUGUGGUCAUGCUUAUCAUCAUCAUUGUCUUGCAUCUCAGCAAGAACAACAACAACAACAACAACAACAACAACAACAACAACAACAACAACAACAACAACAAUGUAUUUUAUGCUACCCUGGAUUUCCUACAAAUGCACUUGAUAAGGGCAAAGCAAAAUCGACCGUUAUAUCCUCCUAGUUUUCUUUUCUUUUUUUUUUUUUAUAUCAAAUAUUUAUUUAUCCUUCUUUUUUUUUAGUAUAUACCAUUUUUUUUUUUUACUGUUGUUCCUAUGUAUAUCAAUAAAUCAUUAUUUGUUCUCCCAUCCUCUCUCUCUCUCUCUCAAUUAGUAUAUGAUGAUGAUGUUUGAUAUGAAUGAACAGAUGACAUGCAAUGAUGGAUACUAUGUAAUCAUAUGUAAUGAAUAAAUGAAUAAUGGAUAACGUG